AUGAACGAAUUGAAGGCGAUUGUCAAGUGUGUGGAUAUGGAGGAGGAUAUGCAACAGGAAGCAGUGGAUCUGUGUGCCAUGGCUAUGAAUCGAUCCCAGAUGGAGAAAGAUAUUGCANGGAGUUUGAUCGCAAAUACGGUCCGACAUGGCAUUGUGUUGUGGGUCGGAAUUUCGGCACAUCACCACAUUCGUACAUUUCGUGGUUCUUACCUGCCCUCCCGCGCCUAUUUUGGUGAUUGUACAAAGCCGCCAUUGAUCCCGUUGAUACCGUUAGUUUAUGGCUUUUCGGCUGCAUUGAUUAUUGAAAAAACAACUGUAAACGGUGAUUAA